UUUAUUUUGGGGAUUUAUUUACCGUUACAAUACUAUGAAAAAAGAUUAGCAUAGUCUGUCCUGUCAUUCUUUCGAGAGAGAUACAAACCAGGAGUUAUCAGGGUUAGUCAUAUGGAUGCCUAAAAGCCAAGAAAAAAAUUAGAUUAACAGAUUUAGCUGUAACUUUGAUAUUAGUUUUCAGACAUGUUCAUUUUGCAUCGUCAAAAUACCACUUCUACGGUCAAUUUGUUCAUGGAAUUCACUGGUAUUUUCUUACUGUUCUGUCUCCAGUUAUAAAUCCUAUGUAUUUUUGACUUCCUUGAGUUAUGUUUACGAAAUUUAAAAAUUUGUACUUCUUCGAUGCAAUAAAAAUAAAGUCUGUUAAACACAGUCAUCCAAAAUUUGAAGCUAAACCCUGUGAACUUGGUGCCAACUACUGCAUAUUGUUGUUUUAUGUGCAUCAUGCCCACGCUUUAUAUACCUUUUGAUGCUGGCUUGUGUGUGUCUGGUCUCAUCAUUUUAUUAGCUGACGUUCAGUCAUAAAUAAAGCAGAAGUUACGAGGACACCGUUAUGAAGUAGGAUCUAUUUUUAUGAUGACUGGUGACUAAUUGAUUGAUCUUUCGUUUACUAUAAAAUGUAUUAAUACCAGCGUAAGAAAACUUGUUGCAUGAAGUCGAAUAUAAACAAACCGUUCAGUGAUUUUCACUGACGACAAACUACUGACAAAUAAAUAUAAUACAUGAAAAAGCUCACUAUAAUAUUUUGAAUACGUGGAGUCACGAUUUAGAGAGAUUCAUUAGUUUGCGUUUAAAUAAAUAAAAAGUUCCAUAACAAUAGGCCUGAACUCUAUUAGUAUCCUGAAUCGCAAUGAACAGCUAAAACAAAUCAACCUUUACGUUAAUGCAACUCAAUUACCAGGUGUACGUGUGUGCAUUAGGUCAUAAGGUGCAUUUUAUUUCUAAGUGCUAGUGAUGCUCCUUGAUUGAGUGGACAUAAUAGGUGAAAUAGAGUUGGAAUAUGUGACUUGUGGUUAAAAUUGGAAUGUUUCAAACAAUAACCUGCUAAUCCAUAUUUCAUUGUUUGAUGGUUUACUAAGAUUGCUGCCGUCCUAAUAAAAUAGUGAACUCCCUCAAUAAGGUGACAGAUUUGUUUAACUUUGAUAAAUUACGGUCGUCACUGAUAUAAAGUCACUUGUUUUUUUUUACAGUAAAUGGUCUUUUUUUAUGUAACCUGCACUCCUUGUGAAUAAUUCUUCAGCGUAGACCAUUUUGCCAAUCCUCUGUGAUUAUUUUCACAAAGUUAAACUUUGAAGGCUAGUCGACACAUAUACUCACCAAUUUUGCACUGUGAUUGGUUUUUCAAAUACUCCAACAAGAUCAAGACUGGAUCUUUAAAGCUUUAUCUGACGUACACUUCACAGAUGUGUCUCUUCUGCCAAACGUUUGUUUCAAUGUAUGCGUAUCCCAUAUCUUUAAACGUGCCUAUAUUUGUUUUGUGUUUGAAAUUUACUGGUAUAACAAGUAUUUUUCCUUGUUAGAUAAGACUAUUUAGCGCAGUUCCUCUCUAAUGAAUGCCGAAAAUGUCUUCUGUGACAAAAUAUCGUUCAAAAUCUUUCCCGGACUUGUCUGCUUUGGGAGAUUAACCAGUGAUCAUCACGUGCUUGCGUUUGUUACUUCCUCAGAUAAAGUUUACAUUUAUAAUCCGAAAUUUUAUCAUUCUUCUGAAGGUACCACUAAAAUCUUAUCCCAAGAUUUUAUUAAAUGUAGUAAUAUUCAUUCAAUAUGUGCAAUUCAUACAGGCAAAUUUGAGCAUAUUUCAAAUCAAAAUGAUCUAUUAAUAAUUGGAUCGAAAUAUGGUAUUCUAAUCUAUGAUUCAAUAAAUAAUGUGGAUAUAUUUUGGAAAGAAUUAAAAAAUAAUGGUGUAAACACAAUUUUUUACAAACAUUUCGAUGAACAGUAUAAAUAUUAUAAAGAUACUGAUAUUAUAUUUAUUGGGGGUCAUUGUUCAUUGAUUGGAUUGAAUUAUUCAGCCAAAGAAUUAUUUUGGACUGUAACUAGUGAUAGAAUAUCUGCAAUAACUUGUUUAUCUUAUGAGAACGAUGAAGAAUAUCUCAAUGAUAUUGUUGUUGGCUCUGAAGAUUAUACAAUACGUAUAUUUCGUAAUGAAUUAAUUAUUCAUGAAAUAUCAGAAACAGAUGCAGUAAUAAAACUUAUUUCACUUGGUGGUGAGUAUUUUGGUUAUGGUUUGCGAAAUGGUACUAUCGGUGUAUAUAAUAGAGUGAAUCGUGUAUGGCGUAUUAAAUCAAAAAACAAACCUAUCUGCUUUGUCAGUCAUGAUAUAAAUUAUGAUGGAUAUCCAGAACUAAUUUGUGGUUGGAACAAUGGAAAAGUAGAUGCUCGUUUGCGUUCUAAUGGAGUAAUUGUAUUUAAAAUUCAACUAGAUGAUUGUGUCGCUGGUAUGACAGUGGGUGAUUACUAUGGUUUUACCAAUAUAUUGCUUGUUUGUACCACUGAAGGUGACAUACGCUGUUAUUCUGUAAGCCACUCAAAGAAUUACUUGAAUUCAGAAUCAUCUGAAGAUACUUUACGUCAUUUAAUCACUAAAAGACAGAAUUUAUUAUUGGAGAUUCAAAGUAUUGAUCAAAAUAGCAAUUUAUCCCAAUGGAGUAAAACUGAAAUUCGUCAUGGAAACCUUAAUAUCAUUAAAGCUAAUACAGAAUUACAGACUAAACUGGAAGUUUCUCCUGAUAAACCAUGUGUUAAUUUGACAAUUCAAACAAAUGAUGGUACACUCUUAAGAUGUGUUGUAUUAUUUGCUGAAGGUAUUUUCAAAGACGAAAGUCAUGUUUUACAUCCUCCAGAGAACGUUUCUUAUACUUCCACAUUUUCAAUCGAAUUAUAUCCAGCAAGAGAUAUAGCAACUGAUGUAUUCAUCAAAGCAUAUGCAAUACCGAUAAACAAAUGUUCAGAUCAAAACUCCUACUACUUGUUGGCUAGCACGCAACUGUUGCCGCAGUUUUGCCUCUAUCGAUUACUCAGUCAAAAUCCCAAAUUAGACUUUCAUGCUGAUUUAGAUAGUUUGCGAUCAGGAGUCUUCUUUAUAGUGCAUGAACGACCUCAGAGGCUUGCUAUUUGGUUAAAUCAAAAUUUUAUUCUGGGAUCAGAAAUUAUUGUCAAUGAACAAUCUUCAUUAUUUGUUGUAUUUGAAGAAUUACGCUCAGCUAAUAGAUGGAUUUCAACAAUAAAUAAAAAUUUGAAGGAAAUAUUAAAUAAUUUCAUUGUUCAACAACAGAAUUCAAAACGUUUAUUAUACAUAACUAUGACAAAUAAAGGUGAAAUUACAAUAAAAACUGAAAAUUUAGAAUUAGCUGCAAACUUAGUUCAAUCAAUCAGUCGACAUUUCAAUAUAACAGAACUUUCAAGCACAUGUGAUUUUCCAGAACUAUUUAAUACAUUAGAAGAACUAAUUGAAAUGUCUAAUGCUUAUUCUUUAACUCAACAACAAAUUUUGAUGGAUAUGACAAUUAAAUCAGAUGAUAUCAAAAGAUUAGUUGUCAAAGCAGAAGACUAUCGAUUAGCCGGUAAUUGGAAAUCUUUGAAAAAAACAAUCCAGUUAUUGUCAAUCGCAAAUCAUGACCUUAUGUCGAAUUAUUAUUCACGGACUACUAAUUAUGAAGUUUCAAUGGAUUGCUUGAAAUAUAUUAACCAAAUCAUUGAACAUGUUAGUUCAUUAAGAGUUGGAAAGUUUAAAACAAAUGUAAUAACCAUGUGUCAUAACGCAUUGAAAGAAAACAAUAUUGGAGCAUUGAAGAAAAUUUUUCGAACUGGUUCGAACUAAAAUUUUAAUUCUUCAUUGACAUGUGUACAGUGUGAAUCGUUCGUUUAAAUAAUAAAGUUCAUUGUCUUCUGCUUUCAUCGUUCACAUAAGAAUGAAAGUGUUCAAAUCUCAACAGAAUUUCAUUGAUAUUGACCUUUAUAAACUAACUGAAGAUGAUGGUAUAGAUUAGAGGAAGGGUCGCCUUAACCUAUUAAAAUCUAUCUGUGUUGAAAUUUUCAGUUUUUGUUGCAAUCGAAUAUUGUUAUAUAUAUCAGACAAACAUUCGUAAGAUCAUCACGCGUCUCAUUCUAUUUGAGACUGUAGAUAUCACUUCUCAUGAAAAUCAAGCAUGAACCUAGUACUCUUCUCUCCAAAUAUCAAAUCGUUAUCGUACGAGGAUCUUAUGCAUCUCAUCAUAGACAAAUCAAAUUUGGUCUUGACUAUUAUCAACCAAAAAACAAAUUUUCACAAACAAUGAUAGUCAAAGGUUCACAUUCUGUAAAUACGAUGGACAAUGUGUGAAUAAUUCGUUUAGUAUCGUUUAAAAC